AUGGUCAGCGGCAGCGGUAGUGGAGCAGGAGCUGGAAAUGUUGGCACUAUCAUGCGAAGGAUCAGCCCAUAUCAGCCGACUGUAACGACUGGCCUUCUGCCGGGCGUUGGCAGAAGCUUCAUGAAUGCUUCUCCGAUAGGGGCCACGUCCGUCGCUGCUGCCGCUGGUGCUAACACCUCAUUGCCCGCCGCGUCGCAGGCAGUAGGUACACUAGGAAGGUCGACGCUCACGCCACCCGACAAUCUGCUGAGGAGGCAAGAGGCAAAGGAGAAGCGUGCUAAGGCCAGGAAGAAAAAAGCGGCUGCCGCGGCUGUCGCAGCAGCAGCGCUUAGCGGCCCUGUUUCUACUGCAGGGCCCAGCUCACUCGCGGCCCCAGGCCAUCCACUGAGCAGCGCCAGCAGGAAUCUGUCGCGCUCGAGAAGCUCGCAGAGCAUCGUAAGUGAUGACCAGGCGGGAAUUGCAUCGACAUCGACAGUCGUACGUUCCAGCAGGCGAAGUCGCAACGUCUCGCCCACGCGCAGCAGCGCGGGGCGCAGUGCAGACACAAGGCGCGGAAGUGCCAGCAGCGGUCACGAUCUUGCAGCAGGCGAUGGCAGGAGUGACUCUUCCCGGCCGCUCUCGCGGGCGGACAGCCGGGGCUCAUCUCACUAUGUCGCUGACGCAGAGGCUGUGGAAGGGGAGGUCGACGAAGUGAUGGAUGCAGAGCAAGCGGGCGACCGGACAUUGGUAGCCGCCGCACAAGGACGAAGGCCGAAUCAGCAGGAUGGAGGAGGAAGGGGAGGAGGGGGUGAUGCGGAAGAAUCUACAGCACGAGCGCAACAAGCGUCCCUGCGCCGACGUAAUCUGUGGGAGGACAUCGACGGAAUGGAGCUGCCGGAUCCAGACGACCUACCGCCGCCUUUCCCAGCGGGGUCUACUGGCCCUCCCAGCCCUUCCCGACAGGAAGGCGCAGGCUCAGGCGCACUAGCCGCGACAUCACCGCCCCUGUUACCGCCGCGGCCAGAGCAUUCACAGCCUGUGCCAAACAGUCCGCCUCCCGAAUUCCACAGCGACUUCGAAAGCGAUGAAGCGCUUAACAGCAGCCGGGCGCAGAUUGCGGGCUGGCAAGGACCAUCGCUACAAUCCGACAGCGGCGGCGGCAACAACAACAACAACGAUACUCCGCACUCUCCGGCGCCGCGUGUCUUACCUGAGCAUGAUGCCGAUGGAGAGGAUGCUCUGGAGGAGGAGGCUGGGAGGCAGAGCGACGGCUCGGAAGCGUCCUUUUUGCUCAUGUCGCCUGAGCGGCAGGCGUGGGAGCAAGACCGGCGCUCGGGUCUGUCGAUCGCCGAGCGCCUCGAAAGGGAGAUGCAUCGGCAGUCGCAGCGCGACUCGAUGCUCCUGUUCCACCUCGCAUCGCAUGCGAGCACGGGUUCCAGCACAAUGUGGGAUGCGGAUACGGGAAUCGGAGAAGGGGCAGCGGGAGCAGAAGUAAGCCAUACCAUCGCCUCGCCCUCAUUCUCGACAUUUUCCAACGCGUCAGGCGCCGCGUCCGAUGCACCAUCGCACGCGUCUGUCUUACUCGGCGGCCCGCCACUGUCUGCUGACAGCCAGAACAGCUUUCCGUCCACCGUUACAGGUGUGACACCCGACACAGCCAACUCUCACACUUCCUCGUUUUCAGCCGAGGCGCAGCAGCAACAUCUCCAGAACGUCAUCGAGGGCAUCGUGUACCGCACGCCGAUCCGGGUCGACAUACCCCAGAUCGCCAUCGAGGAGCACUUUACCCCGCCUCAUGCUGCGAGUGGUGCCGGAGAGCAUACAGAUGCAGAUGCAGAUGCAGGACAGCCAGUCAGCGCUGUAGAGUCGCUGGCGUCGACGGGUACAGUCACAGCUCGCACUUUCGACGCCGCCUCCAGCGAUGCAUUCUCCCCUUCUCUUCUAUCCAUUUCGACUUUUGCUACUUCGUCCACACUCCCAGCAGCAGUCACUUCAUCCACUGGUGUUAGUGGUGGUGCCCAAGCCACUCCAAGCCCGGAUGUAGAGGUGGAUGCGAAUAUGGGCGCAAGCACCAGUGCUAGCACAAUCACCCUCUUUAUUGGCCCAGGACAGGGCCCUGACACGUCGCAGGAUGAUUCAGAGCGCGAUCGAUAUCGUAGUGACGACCCGCCGAUCAACACGCAAGCGGGCGCCGUGGUGCCUGCGCCUGCUCUUGCACCAGCACCUGCAUCGCUGCCUGCAACUUGGCCUGCAUUUUCGCUUCUUCCUUCAAGAGAGCCGCCAACCCAUUUCGAGCACCAGAAACAGAAUAAGGCGUCCACAGGGCAUGAACUUUCCAAAGACGGAUGUAUACACGUACUCCACUCAGAGGCGCGUCUUGAUUCCAAUCGGCCUACUGCGUCCACCUCUGGGCCGAGCGGGGGCCACAGACGGGCGCAGUCCUCCAAACACCCUAGUGCGCUCACAGGCCAGGUUCAGCCCACACGUAUCCGCGAGCGCCCAAGAUCAGUGUCUGAGACCAAGUUCAGAGACGACGCGACUGCCGCAGCGGAGCGCCGGAGCAAGCUCUGGUGCGGUCGGCAGCCGCUGCGAGUCGUGCCACCGCCUUUCAAGGCGAAGCAGCCAAUCAUCUUGACUGAUGGGCCAGGUGACAGUUCGCAUGACGAGCAGCAGGGAGAUGAGGAUGAGGUUGACAGCGGAAGCGAAAGCGAGGGUUCGAUGCGCAUGGAACAUGACAAGGUUGCCAAGGACGGGAUAGAGGUCGAAGGGCUUGAGUCUAGUAGUGAUUCCGAGGCGGACCAGGAGUCGGACUCCUCGGAGGAGGUCUGGAAGGCGGAGAUGAAGGCGGUAGAGGUCAUGAAUAACAGUCAUGCCACGGCAAUGCAGCCAACCGACUCGUCUUCGAGUGACUCAAAUCAGCCUCGAUAUCGAUGCCAGGGGCAUGCUCAGCACGGGUCCGUUCAGCUGCCUGACCUCAACCACGAAGUCCCAAGGGCGCCUCCUCCCCUCGUGCUCGGAAGAUCGCGUGGUGGCGCUGCGUAUUCGUCUUCGUCGGAUUCAUCCUCCAUCGAUGACAUCCAGAGCGAUAGCAGCAUCAGCGUAGCGGGCGCCCAUGAGAUCUCUUCAAGGUCUGGCCCGCCUCCAGCCGACCCACUUGAACCAGCCGAAAAGCCAAGACCAGAAACUCAUGGUCUUUUGCCCAUCGUGCUGCCCACAUCGCACUCCAGGCUCAAUCAUCUGAGUCUAGAGUCCGCGAUGCUGCCUCGUGCACCUCCCGUCGCCGGGGCGCGAGUAGAAAUUCCCGAGGACCCAUGCGCGCCACCCCCUCCACCACCGAGGUGCAUCGACAAGGGUAAGAAGCGUGACAUCGGUGUCGAUCGCAUCGUCCCCAUCAGCAUCAAACAUGCCGCCGAGGCUCUUCAGCUGGCCGGCAACGAGCUCAAUCAUCCCAGUCGCGCCGGGCAAUUUGAGGCGACUGGCUCGGACAGCAGUUGUGAUUUCAGUGCAGUAGAAGAAAGCGUCACAAGAAAAGGGAAGGGGAAGUCACCUCAACAGCUCCCUGUACUGCAGGUACAGCCGCUACCAGCACCGUCGACGAAUCAAACAUCCAUCUCCGAUCGCCUCAGCGCACUCUUCGCUCCAAACGCUACUGCCGCGGUGCCUCUCGGCCCUUCUGCCCUGGCUCUUUCGCGAGCAAGCGCAGACGCACGCGCCAAUUUCCUGCAGCGUAUACGUCCCACCCGCUGGCAAACGUGGACCCCUCAUGCGCCGAUCACCCCGCAGCCACCCCUGGGGCUCGGGCAUGCAGCUACUGCGACGCAGGUUACCUCUCCGUUCCCCGAAAUUUCUGCGCGUAACGAGGUAUUGGAAGGCAUUGCAAAAACCAGGGCUGCCCAUGCAGAGAGUUAUGUGCCUUCCACAGCCUACUCGGCAGGUGAUUCGCUCAGCUCUCUGGAGCGCAUGUUGACUGCUGCAAGCGGAAGUGGGCUAGCUCCUACAGCAUCAAGAGCUGGAUCCACGGAAGAGAAAUAUGAAGAUGAAGUCGUAAAGGAAAAGGUGGAUGAUAGGAGGUUGCCACACUCGAACCCGGUCUCUUCGAGCGCCGGGAGGCCAGUGCCGUUCCUGAACCAUCGCUCCGUCGUUGCGCCUUUACCCAAAGAAGGCAGACUUCCGAAAGUGACAGAGGCGACGCGACAUUUCCCUCCAACGUCUCCGACUCCAAGCUGGCUUGUUUACAUCGUUCCUGAGGAGAGGCGGUCUUUGCAGGAUCCGAUUGAGCCCGACCACGUGCUGAACCACAAGGAGAGUAACCGUCGAGUCGGCGCGGUCCUCUUCCCAGGCCAAGCAGGCAGUAGGGUCUCCGCGAUGGUAUCCAAAUGGGAGCAGAACUUGGGAGGGAUGCAUCAACAGCAAGCAGUAGCAAGUGCAAACCCACUGGUCUCGCCCCGCACUGAUGCGCUGCAACGACUCGUUGGUCAGCAGGGCCCCACAGUUGCACAGCCGGUAUCGCCUGGACCUCCUUCUGCCACGCUUACAGAUCGCCUGGCGCCGAGCCCCGCGCAAGGUUCCUUCCGCUUUUCAGGGACUUCCACGAUCGAUGCAAUAAUUGAGGGCUACAAUGGGAGCAGGUCAAGUAUAUCGAGCGACCCGUCGGCGCUAAGUCCACUGAUGGAACAAGCUUCGUCACCCAGCUAUCUGGCCCCACCAAGCCUCGCUCUGCCCCCGUCCGCAAGCACAAGCUCGGAAGACCCGGAUUCGGCGGACAGGCGGAACUUUACAGCUGUCAUCAAUGCGGGUCAAGCAGCUAAUGACGCGCGCGUCGUCGAUCUCGAUGUCGCUUCUGACUCUGCCGGUGCGCUUCCCUCCAGUGUGCUGAACCGUGCCACUCUUGUCGCCGUUCCGGAUCGCGAACACCACGAGCAGGAUUACGGGGACGGGCAAAGCGCGCGGAUGAGAUUGGACGUGCAAUGA